UGCAGGAUGAGUGAAAUACAUGGACUUCUCGAGUGCCGACCAGGAGAAUGAAAAGAAGUUAUUAGCCUCCGCCGCGUGCAACAGUACAAUAUUAUUGGCAGGCUCAAGAUCAAGAGAAGAUAGUUGACCCUGUCGCUGUCUCACUAGCACCAUGUGCGAUAAGCUGGUUCCCCUCGUCCGGCCCAUAUGGGUUGGUUCGUUUAUGCGAUUCUAAAUUGUUUUCGUGGCCCCGUGCAGUAGAGCCUAUCAACCAAUGAACGGGCGGUCGUGAAUGCUCCAACGGCCCGAGUACCGUCGAUUCCGAAUUGCUUUCGUGUCGUGAGGCGUAUCGUGUUAAGUACCGCUUCGAACUAGUGCUUGCUGUCCUCAGUCUACGUUACUUGGACCUGAACAAUUCGCUGACCAUGACUUAUCAGAGAGUUCCUUUGGAGCUUUUUCCCGUCAUCUUUGGCCCGAGCACCGAAUUGUCAAGUGUGGCAUUGGGGGGAGAGAUAAUCCAAGUCUCCGACGAGUUCUUCGCGGAGGCAUAUCAUCUCCUCCUAGUCGAACCAGCACCCAGUCUCAAAGGACAGUAUGGACCAAAUGGUGCCUUGUAUAGUGGCUGGGAGACCCGGAGACACAAUCCUGCUUAUGACUGGUGUAUAAUCAAGUUGGGUACUACUGGCACUAUCGUCGGCUUCGACAUCGAUACCUCCCACUUCAAUGGCAACGAAGCACCCGAAGUAUCCGUCGAUGCCCUUCUCUCGACCGAAGAAAAUGAGAACGGACUGCAUGAUGCGCAAUGGACGGAGAUCCUUCCGCGGGUACCCCUUGGGCCAUCAGCGAGGCAUCUUUUCACCAUCCCCGAGAGUUCUCCCUACAGUUGUGUCAAGUUGAACAUGUAUCCAGAUGGUGGUAUUGCCAGGUUUCGAGUGUACGGGCAUAUUUCUGUGGUUCAACCAGCGGACGAUUCCGAACUAUUCGAUCUCGCUCACAUUUUUGCGGGGGGACGUGUCGUAUUUACCUCCGAUCAACACUAUGGUUCUGGGUCGAAUUUGAUUCUUCCGGGACGAGGUAAAGACAUGAGUGACGGCUGGGAAACUAAACGCAGUAGACAGAAAGGUCACAAAGACUGGGUUAUCGUGAGGCUUGGUGCUCCAGGACGAUUGCAGACCGCCGAGAUAGACACUGCUAACUUCAUCGGAAACUUUCCAGAGAGCUGCGAGCUCCAUGCGAUCAACGCUACGAGCGAUAUCCCAGACAGCGAUAGCACCGACUGGGUUACAAUCCUGUCACAGGUGAAGCUUGGCCCACAUCGCCGACAUUUUUUCCAGUUGGAAGCUGAUCAAGAAAGCCUGUUCACACACGUGAAACUAACGAUUUAUCCUGACGGAGGUGUUAAACGACUGAGAAUCAUCGGGACAAGAGGCACAUACAAAGAGUAUGCAGUCCCGGAAACCGUUACGGAGUGUGCAAGCAUUGCAACACCAAUUAGGCGGAAGGCCACUAUUGGAAAGGUCAUACCAGCACUUCCUCUGACGCUCGAAGCCUUCGCCGCCUUCGGCCAGGUUAUUCAGGCGUAUGAUAAUCACGCGGCAGCCCCUCCCGGGACGAAGAUUACACCAGCAAAUGGAGGGACGGCCAGGAAGUUUCACAAGCUCGCUUUGAUCAAAUCGUCGUACCCAGAAGGCCAUAGUGCCACUUCUGGGAUUUCGGUUUACCGCUGCAACCCGGUAAAAGUUACGGAUGGCAUGGUUGAACUGAAUGUGCUUGAACGACAUAAAUACACGAACCAGGCUUUCAUCCCGAUGGGCGCAUGUGGUUUUUCUGGGGGUGAAACUUUGCGAGAACCAGGGAACAAAUACCUGGUCGUCGUCGCACUCAAUGGUGAUGACGACAAGCCCGAACUGUCCACGUUGCGAGCAUUCAUUGCUACCGCAGCACAGGGAAUAAUGUAUAACACUGCAGUAUGGCACCAGCCGAUGACGGUACUCGAAAGGGCCAUGGAUUUCUCCUGCGUAGAAACACAGAUCGGAGAUGGCGGCAAGGCGGACUGCGAGAUAGUUGAUCUAGACGAAACUCUGUACAUGAAGUUACCCGAGGUCUGAUAGAUAUCCAAGAACGAUUGCGCCCUCAUCCUUCAAUCUCGCGAUGAGCUGGCGUCUGCCAUACUUGUG